UAAGAAAGAGAGAGCAAGAGAGGGGGAGAUAGGGAGAGCGUGUGUGAUAGAUUGUCGCAAAAAUAUCUUUAAGUAUGCUUAUAUUACGUUAACAGUGAACAGUUGACACCGUGCAUUAACGCAAACAUGUAGUGAUAGGACAUAGGAUUCAUUUACACUGCGUAAUGACGAAGCUCGCACUAAAUGAGUGGAAAUACGUGAUUGGUAUUGCAAUAUUAGCCACACUGCUGAUGGCAUAUAUGUUCACAGAUACUUUAAAAUACAACUUCCAUAUUCGAUUACUUCCGGCAGUAGCGGUAAAAUGGAAACCAGAAUUGAAUUUAAAGCGUUUCUCUUAUGACGUGAGUGACCCACGCGAUGCAAGGUUUUAUAACAUUAUACUGGAGGAAGAAGCUCUCAAAAUAAAACCAUGCACGGAUGAAAAUCUGUCGGCAUCGGUAAAGCAUACGUCUCUGUCUUUUAUAGAAUAUAAAGACCAACCAUACAAUAUUGGUGAUGGAAUCACCAUUCUUGUUACAAUGAAGGAUGGAUAUGGUAAACGAAUAAUUUUUGGAGGAGAUCAUUUGAGAGCAACGAUUGAGAACAAAGAAUUGCAAGCAUCCGCCCCCUGUAUGGUCACCGACAAUAUGAAUGGUACUCAUUCUGUAAUAUGUGAGGCAUUUUGGUCAGGAAUGUCUUCAAUAAUCGUAGUUCUUGCUUAUCCAAGAGAAAUAAUUGCGACAAAUUACCGUAUAAGGACUCAGGUUUUAGCUACGAGAAACAUUUAUGGGUUAUUCAAAAGUCGAACUUACCAAGAGGACAUGCCUUGUCAUCCAAACCAUACCCACCUGAUUAAGAAUACAAAUUAUACAGAACUUUGUAACUUGACUUAUAUGAACUCCGGUAUGCCGUUUUAUUGUGGAAAACCAAAGAAUGGACAUUUGCUGUGCCAAGACUGGGAGAAAGUACGGACACAUACACCUUAUCCUGAACUUCAAUUAAGUGAUUGUGAGGACAGAUUAUUAAAAAGAGGCCAACGGACACUGGAACACAGAUUAAAUGUUUUGGUAAGAAACGAAGACAAGACAAGACUUACUAUUGAAAAACCAUCAAUACCUUGUUCACAAUACAACAUCACAAAACUUUGGCAAUCGAGAAAUGCAACAGGGUUUUUCUAUAAGGGGAAAUGGAACUUCAGAAAUUGUUUAGGUUUCCAGCAAACCAACGACGCCAACUGCUUAAAGGACAGUCGUUUAUACUUGAUUGGUGAUUCGACUUUAAGGGCAUGGUAUACAAGUAUUAUCAAACGUUUUAAAUGUCUCCCAACAACAGAAAAAUGGCAGAAUGAAAAAUGGCGCAAGAUGGCGGAGUGUUUAAAUAAGAAGCUUAGUUUUAGAGCAGGCUGGUACCCGCAUGCGCAACCAUUUUUUGUUGGCAAUGAUUGGGAUGUAGUUCGGUACACAUUAUAUUCAACGUCUCGGCGUAUAGACAAUAUACCACCAAAUGAACGUGCAAUAAUUGUUAUUCAACUAUUUAUGCAUUUUGUAGCAUUUCAUCAUAGUGUGUUUAAGCAAAGAAUGGAAAUAAUACGUCCUAGUAUAGAAAGACUUUUUUUAAAGAAUAAAAAAGCUAUUGUAAUGAUUAAAGGUCCACAUACAUUUACAAAUACACCAGCUGGAAAUGUAAGACUUAGUGAUUAUUUUGGUUUCGUGUAUAGCAAAAUCAUUUAUGAAGUAUUUGAUGGUUUACUUGACCGGAUUGUUUUACUAAAUAACAAAGACACUACCAUAGCGAGGCAUGAGAAAUGGAACCAUCCUCCAGACGAUAUUGUGAAUUAUAUGAUAGAUCAGAUGCUAGAUUAUGCUUGUACAAAUUAAGUUAUGGAAAUGUUUAAGUCAUAUCAAUGAAAGUAACGUGUUUUGUCAUAAAACGCUAUAUGUUUAUUAUAUCUAUCACAUAGAUCGCGACGCAGGAGUCAAAUAUAGCCAUUUAAUAAUCAAAGGGCUGCAAGCUCUGUAGUAUUUUCUGAUCUUUGCAAUCUAAAUAGUACUGUAUAUCUGUAUGUAGUUCCCUGUAAAGUUUAUUCUAUGCACUGUUAUUCAUCUUGCGCUACCAAAGUUUGAUACAUACGGAAAUUUGCACAACUAGAUUUGCUCCGAAAAUCAUUUAUGACAGCCACACUUUAUUCUUGCAUAUCGUGGCUAUUUCCUUAACAAAGGAACUUAAUAAAAACAAAUAGUUUCAUCGAAUGGGAUUUGAACCCCAGACCUUUGACACACUGAACGAGCGCGUUAUCCCUGUACAACGGAGAAGUUAUACGAAGAACGCCUAAAUAAAAUCAAGUAAUACUAAAUUUAGAAUUUCCAUUGCAUUUCGGGUUUGCAAUCCUUAUUAUUUUCGAAACCUGUUGUUUAACAUCUGUAUAAAUAAUUUAGCAAAGAUCUCCUCGCCAAAACAGUCCGACAUGUAUAUAUAUUCCACUACUCGACAGUCAAUACUACAGUUAAAAAGUGGACCAAUGACCAUUAACGUAGAUCAUGGAUCAAUAUUAUUUUGAGAUUUGAAAUAACUGAAACUCAGUAAUGAGAAAUAAACAGUAUUUUAAAAGCGUUAUGAUCGGAUAUGCAAUUACUAAGCGACUCACCAGUUUUCAUAUUUCAUAAAAAAUAUACUAUGCUCAUCUUUUGGUAAACUAUUUUUAUCUUAGAAAUGCAUUGAAAUCCAUGAAAUUCUUACUGAAUAUGUUAACUUUGAAUAAAAUAAUGAAUAAACUAUGUAUUAGAAGCUACAUUCCCUAUUACGGGUCAAGUAAAAUUGGUAUUUGCUUUAAAAAUGCCAGUUUUUUCAAUGACACUAUAUAUUCAUAUGGUGACUACAUGUAGAGUUCAAAACAUAUCAUAUCUACCUUGAAUGAAUUCCAAACAUGUUUAUUUUAUACAUACAAAGAGACUGUUUAGCAAUUAUUAAUAUUUUUAAAAAUAAAAUUUGAGCAUAGGAUAUCUUUAAGUAAGAAAAAAUAACGUGUCUCGUCAAAUAAGAAAAUGUCAAAACAGCAAAUUGAAUAUGUAAAACAUAUAAUAGGUAAAUUGUAAAUGCUAAUUUGACAGUAUGUAUUUGCUUUUUUUUUAUUAUACAUACAGGUAAUUUAAACAUGCCAUAGCUUUUAAGUAAAUCCAAAAUUGGUUUAUAUCAUUCAUGCUUUAGAAGGGUUGACAGAUAUUAAAUUGUACCUGACUGAUAUAGUUACUGUUCUCGCAAAACGAUCUCUAGUUACGACAAUUUUAAUCUGCAUCUAGUAAUUUUGAAUAAAGUGAAACGUGUAUGCAACACAAUAAUCGGUAUGCUUACUAUAAUUCCUAGAUAUAUAUUAUGGUAUUUAAAUACCAUUAUUUCCCACACAGUAUUAAAAUGGAGAACAGAAUGUAUGCGUAAAUGCUACAGCAUUACUACAAGUAACGAUGUUCUGUUAAAUUAAUCAUCUAAUAUCUCUCCAAUCUCAAAACCGGACGUGUUCUGGACCUCCCUCCUAGAUUUGGAUAUUAUAUAUUUUUGUUCAACCGGUGCCUUACAAUUGCACUUAUGAAACUGGCUCACCUAUCUUACUGACAUAAAACAAAGGGUUAAUAUUUGGCCUUAAAUGAAAAUGUAAACGUGUAGCCAAGUUAUCGAUCAUAUAUAAUCCUGUCAUUAAUUGUGAUUCAUUGUAUUUAGUGUUUGUAAGUAUAAUUGUUCAAUAGGAUUAUAGUAUUUUAAUGAAUCGCAACACAUUUCUUUUCGUAAAUCGACAAACUGUCAAUCAGUCCAGUUUAUUUAUUUACAUAAACAAAAUAAAACACUAAGCUGGUUGAAAUUUAUAAGUGCGUAUUAAAAAAAAUAAAUUGGUCGCGCGGCCGCGGCGCGCCGUCCAAAUUAAUUGUGUAAACACGUACUUAUAAACUUAAACCAAUACUUAAUGCUAUUUUCGUGAAGGAAAUGUUGGUAAAAGCAUUUUAGCUUCAAAGGAAACGUAAACAAUUUUUUCAAACACAUAAACUGUUGUCUUAAUUGUCGAACUCCCUAAUGUAACAUAUUUCCAGCAUAUGUGUCAGUUAUAUUUGGCAAUUGCAUGUAAAACGUAUAAUUGACUGGAAAUAAACAUUAUAUCAAUCAAAAUAUAUUAGUAACUGUUAGGAUAAACUGUGUGUAGCGCAUACUAAAAACUGUUAUUUUAUUUGUCGUUUAACACUAUGAUUGAUAGCCUCAGUCUUAUCAAUUCAUGUAACGAAUGAUACAUUUUCUAGAAUUUAAAAUGCAAAGGAGGUCUCUGACCACUAUCCUUGUAAUAUGAAAUUAAUGACAAAUAGACAGAAACGCGUUGGUUUGUUUCAUCCGAGGUUUUAUGCAAAUAGAAGAAAUAUAAUCAUUGUUGUUUUAAGACAAUAUAUAAAUAGAUUCAAUAUUCGAUUUCCUUAGGUGUUUGGCCUUUUGCAUUCCUCCAACAAUGUAUGCUGGUUGAAAAAGGAGGCAGCUUUGCAGACAAUGAUUUUCGUCUGCGAGGAGAAAAAAAAUCUAUGAUAAUAGAUGAAUCUGCAGUGCACACUAAAAGAGUUAAACAACAUCAUGUGCCAUAAUUUAAUACAAUCAACAAUAUUUCUUCGUAGAAUAAUAUGGCCUUACAUAUUUUAAUAUGCUUUGUAAGCUAAAUGCUUCCAACGCCAAUAAUGCCACUUUACCUCUGUCAGGAAAAAUGACUGCCUUGUGUUAUUUAAUCUAAAAACAAAAUUAGCCAUAAAUACUAGAAUCAAUUUCCAAGAUAUGGAGGCUAGGCAGCACCGCCUGACUUAAGAUUGAAAUAUUCUCAGUUAGUAAACUAACAUGUAAUUGUUUAGAUAACACUAUUUUUAAUGUAUUUAUAUCUGUUUCCAUCUCAAGUCAAUCUAUACAUUUAAACAACAAACCCUGAUUAUUAUUUGCACCCAAAAUAAAGAAUUUUGAUUAUUAUUUACACCAAAAACAAACACACAUUAUUUAUCAACCACUUAUACGAAAUAUCUUUCACGUAUACGUCUUUUAUACGAAACAAUACUAGACAACUGGCGAGCCCAAACUCUAAACAUCUAAGAUC